GUAGUCGUUUCAGCUGUCAUCCUUAGGUCACUGGUUCGAAUCCGAUCCGUCAUUGCUCUUCCACAUUUUCUGAUCGCGCGAUUAUGGCGAACUCAUUGCGGUUGUACCUAACAUGCAUUCGGAACACUCUAGACGCCGCCUUGUGCUUGCAGAAUUUCCCAUGUCAGGAAGUGGAGAGGCACAAUAAGCCAGAAGUUGAGCUCAAGACCAGUCCGGAGCUUCUACUGAAUCCAGUUCUGAUAUGUAGAAAUGAAGCUGAGAAAUGUUUGAUAGAAACAUCUAUAAAUUCGUUGCGUAUAAGCCUUAAGGUUAAGCAGUCAGAUGAACUUGAGAACAUACUGACAAAGAAGUUUCUUAGAUUUUUGUCCAUGAGAGCAGAAGCAUUUCAAGUAUUAAGAAGAAAACCUGUGCAGGGGUAUGACAUCAGUUUUCUCAUCACCAACUAUCACUGCGAGGACAUGCAGAAGCGGAAACUGAUAGAAUUUAUAGUUCAGUUCAUGGAGGACAUCGAUAAAGAGAUUAGUGAACUGAAACUGUCUGUGAACACACGAGGGAGGCUCGUUGCUACGGAGUUCCUGAAGCAAUUCAUAUGACUACUUCACUAUUGGCUGAGGCAAAACCCCAUCUUGUAGCAUAUUCUGGGAAAAGCAGUUCCUAAUUGCAUUGAUGUGAAGCUUUGAGAUGAAAUUUAUGAAUCAUAAUAUAUAAAAGUGUGUAUAUUUAUAAGAUUUGAGACAUUAUAGUGUACUUAUUUUGGUUUAUGAGGAUAGUUAGUAAUUUUGCAUAUUUGGGUUUUAUUUAUUUAAUAUAUGUUGCAAUUCUAAGUGCUGAACAAAUUAACUGUAUGAGAUAUAUAAUGAUUUAAUUUGAUUUUCCUUCACGUUUUUUUCUCA